UUUGUGAACAGAAGAUCAUUCUUGGGGGGACUAAAGACUUUCAGUUUUUAACAGUGAACUUCAUUUUAGCAAUUGCACAGGAUUAAAUGAUUAUCUGAGGUUUUAACUCCUGAAAUAGUUACUCUUUUACAAUGAAGCAUGUUUAUCUGCUGAUUUUGGUUUCUCUAUUAGCUCUGACAGAAAGAGUCCUGAUGCAAACUACCUGUGGACUUGGAUACAUUAUAGAUGGAAGAAAGUGUAUAGAUGAAGAUGAGUGUGAAUUUGAAGAUGAAGAUGAAGAGACAAUCUGUGGAGAUAAUGCAGUUUGCUACAACACUAUAGGUAGCUACUACUGUCAGUGUCAUAAAGGAUUUACAGCACCUGAAAACUUUACAGCAGACACUCCAACAAAAUGCGAAGACAUCAAUGAAUGUUUGGAGGACAGCAUUGAUUGUGGUCCUAAUGCAUCCUGUCAAAAUUUUGGAGGAAAUUAUUCAUGCAUAUGUGAUACUGGCUACAUUGCCAACAAUAAUGCAGAGACAUUUAUGGACAGACAAGGAGUUCAGUGUAUUGACAGAAAUGAGUGUGAGGAUUAUUCUGGUUUCUGUGGUAUGAAUGCGAGAUGUCAUAACACCCCGGGCAGUUACUACUGCACAUGUGCUCCAGGCUUCAGACUGAGAUCAGGACAAACUAACUUCACUGAUCCCAGUACAGACAGCUGUGAAACUGACAUAUGUUACACUGAUAAAUCUGUCUGUGGAGAAGGAUUCUGUAAAAACAGCAAAGAUGGCCAUGAAUGUGUAUGCAAGCCAGGAUUCACCAACUAUGGACACAAACAAAUGAAAUGCACAGCUGACAUAUGUUACAAUAGUAAAUCUAUCUGUGGUGAAGGACUCUGCAAAAAUGGUAAAGCCGGCCAUGAAUGUGUAUGCAAGCCAGGAUUCACCAACUAUGGACACAAACAAAUGAAAUGCACAGACAUAAAUGAGUGUGAAGUAGAUUCUGGUUUAUGUGGUAUAAAUGCGAGAUGUCAUAACACCCCGGGCAGUUACUACUGCACAUGUGCUCCAGGCUUCAGACUGAGAUCAGGACAAACUAACUUCACUGAUCCCAGUACAGACAGCUGUGAAACUGAUAUAUGUAACACUGAUAAAUCUAUCUGUGGAGAAGGAUCCUGUAAAAACGGCAAAGAUGGCCAUGAAUGUGAAUGCAAGUCAGGAUUCACCAACCAUGGACACAAACAAAUGAAAUGCACAGUUGAAGGUAUAUACAACACUGACAAAUCCAUCUGUGGAGGAAAAUUUUGCACAAACAGCAAAGAUUCAGCGGUCAAGAUGACUCACAGUACCAAGAUCAGCGCUGUGUUAUCAGUUUUAGUGCUUGUUUUGUGGGAAUGAAAUUCCUUGAAAUGUCGCAUGAACAUUCAGAAACAAAAUUCCAGAGUGCAGUGUAAUAAACAAGAAUUAUAUCCCAGAUCAUGCAAUUUGUUAUGGAGAUGUGCUAUUAGUUAUCUGAGCGAUUUAAAUAUUUUGCACAGGCAAAAUAAAAGUCCUACAGAUUCUAUUUGUCAUUAUGUUUGGUUAAAACGUUUCAGUUUAGUUCUUUGUUGGUUCUUCUUUCUAAAAUCAUGAAAUCAUUACAUCUUUGUAAUACCACAUUAAAGACCUGACAAAACUU